CAGAAUUCUGACCGCUGUGGAAGUCCCAGAAACAAGCACCAUGAAGAUAAAUCUUCUGCUGAGUCUGGGGCUCGUUCUAAUCUCUGCCCUCCAUGCCCAUGGCUUAGUAUAUGAUAAAAAUGCAGAUUGGCAAGAGUUUUCAGGAGAAUGGAGGUCCAUUUUGUUGGCUUCAUCUGAUGCAAGCAGGAUAAAAAAUGGAGGUGACAUGAAGCUUUUCAUAAACAAAAUAAAAUCGCAUAACGAUAAUGUUGUGUUCGACGUAUUCUCUAAGGAAGGUGAAAAGUGUGUCUCAAAUGCAAUAACUGCUGAGAAAGAAAAAGACAGUAAUGUGCUACACGUGCCCUAUGGAGGGGAAAAUCGGAUCUACAUCUAUAGAAGUGAUAGGAAUAAAGCUUUUAUCUUAAUUACAAUCAAUAUUCAAGAUGGAAUAAAGACUAUAAUAAUAGAACUUUAUGGACGGCCCACUUACGAUGUAAGCAAAAAACUAAUAACAGACUAUUAUAACGUUUGCAAACAUCAUGGAAUCCCUGAAGAUAAUAUCAUUGACAUGACCAAAGAAGAUGAAUGCUACAGAAAUAAGGAACAGUAGAGUUAUCACCAGCCUACAGUAAAACCCAAGAUGUACUUCUACGAUCUGCUGGAAUUCACCCUGGCUUCAGAAAAAUCACCUAUUAGUCCACAGAUAAUGAAAUCAUCCAUAUGACUUCUAGUAUCUCAUUCUUCUUCCUCAGAGUCAUCCAUCCUUUUAUGUCUAU